AUGAAUAUUCAUGAGCCUAAACAUGUCGAAUUAACACCUAUCUAUCUAUCUAUCUAUCUAUCUAUCUAUCUAUCUAUCUAUCUAUCUAUCUAUCUAUCUAUGCAUAAUUGCUAUUCUAAACAUGUCGAAUUAACACCUAUCUAUCUAUCUAUCUAUCUAUCUAUCUAUCUAUCUAUCUAUCUAUCUAUUUGGAACGUAAAAACUAACCUUUUCUUUCUUUCUUUCUUUCUUUCUUUCUUUCUUUCUUUCUUUCUUUCUUUCUUUCUUUCUUCCUUCCUUUCUUUCUUUCUUUCUUUCUGUGCAUACAUACCUCUGAGUAUACUAGAUGUUCACUAUCUAUCUAUCUAUCUAUCUAUCUAUCUAUCUAUCGCAAAUAUUUUUGUAAUUUUUUUCCAUCUAUCUAUCUAUCUAUCUAUCUAUCUAUCUAUCUAUCUAUCUAUCUGUGAAUUUUCGUUCAUAUAUAUUUUUCAAAAGCUUUCAUAUCUAUCUAUCUAUCUAUCUAUCUAUCUAUCUAUCUAUCUAUCUAUCUAUCUAUUGCAUGAGAAGAAAAACUCUGAAUUCUAUCUAUCUAUCUAUCUAUCUAUCUAUCUAUCUAUCUAUCUAUCUAUCUAUCUAUCUUGUAUACAUACUUAUUCUUCUGCCUGUUUGUCUAUCUAUCUAUCUAUCUAUCUAUCUAUCUAUCUAUCUAUCUACUGCGGAAUAGAGAUAUCUAUCUAUCUAUCUAUCUAUCUAUCUAAAUAUUGA